AUGGCCAGAGUGAGAUCGGAACCCUCAAACCGGUCCAAGAAACGCAAAGGGAACCUGAAAGUCUGGAGCGAUGGAGAUCGCCUGCAGCUACUUGCCUACUUGGAUUGGUGCGCGCGUUCUGAGGUGGACUUCCGAACAACAGCCAUCGAUCACUUGCGAAAAGUGACAGGGAAAGACUUUUCCAAAAGGCAGAUUAGUGAUAAGCUGAAAAGAGAAUGGUCUAAGGAGAAGAAGUGUCCCGACUUUGAAGAUGUGUAUGCUCUAGGAAGGGCGGCGUUUUCACCCUUGAAUCACGAGGAAGAGGACGCAUUACAACGAACGAUUGCUCGCAUUAAACCUCCCAACUCUCAAAUGCGAUUACGCAGCGCCUCUUCUGAGUUGACAAUGACUAUUCGAAGUCGUUCACUGGCUAUUUCGGCACCUACCACGCCCAGCUCUUCAAAUCGACGGUCCGCACGACUCACAAGAUCCCAUACUUCUCUAGAACCCGCAAGCGCAACUGAAAUGGCAAUUGAUGGCAGUGACAGUAUGCAGGCAGAACCCCCCAUCCAUUUCUGGAGUGUCAAGGACGCUGGUCUUGAAGUACCGAUGUCUGCCGGCAUCAUACAGGAUGACGAUGAUUCAGACCUCAGUUCUGUGCAUUCUUCCGCUUGCCCUGUCAUUGAAUUCGAUAGUGAACUGAGAGAAGUGAACCAAGUUUGUGAAGAGGUCUCCUCUAUUCCAGCAUCUGGAUUAGCUCUCGACAGUAGGGCCGACUCAGAAAUUCUCCAUGCCGAACUUCUACACUAUAAAGGUUCUGUUUUCAGCCUCCGGAAUAGAUUGUCUGAAGUGGAAAGAGAACUGGAAGAGUUACAAAAAUCUAUGCAAGCCAUGAGCGGGACGGAGUUUGUCUUGAAACGACAAAUACACAAUCUCAGGGCGCAACUUGAAUCAACACACCUCCUAUCGUGUCAGGUAGAUGCAUACAAUACUGAAUGCCUGGGGCUAUCAUCCAGCGAUACUUCAAAAGAAUAUGACAAUCUUUUGUCUAAGAUUAGCGAGAACUGUUCGUUCAUUCGACAACCGGAUGCUGAUAUGAAUUCCGAUAUGGAUGCCGAUGAAGUGAUACCUGAGCCAAGUGGUGACUUCUGUCGUGCAGCCGAAUCUUGGUCAAUCAAAGCAUCAAGCUGGCGGCUCGAUCAACUCCUUUGGUAUUGCCGUGAAAAUGAAAUUCCCGGAGACAGACUGUUCCCGGCUUUGGUUGCAGCAGGAAUAUCGGAGCUCGUACUUGAGCAGGUGUUUCCUGACAUAAUGGCUCUUGAUUCUCCUUUACUGAACGAAUACCGGAAGCACAUUCUCACAAAAGGUACAAAGGACCAUUUUCCUCCUUCUCGUUCAAGGUCUAACAUAAAUUUAGACGGGCUAUCGGCCCUGCGUCAGCUUGAUCUCAUCGCUCUGAAGACUUUGACAUCGUAUGAGCACUUCACGUCCGAUAUGAUUGCGUCGGAAGCUAAGAAACUGUCCGAAACCAUUUUAUCCACGCUGAGAUGCUUCUUGCCAGUGGAAAGUCAUUUCGUAAGCGAAGAGCAGCCAGAAAGCGAAAAUGACAGACUAUCUGUUGCGGCACUGGCAAACACUCUAUCCCGUGUCUUGCUUUUUAAAGUCCAGCUAGUGCUGAGCGGGAAGCGCCUCAAGUUUCUUUUUUUCAAGCCCGGUGAACCUUUUGAUGAGACGAUGAUGAAACGAGAUGAUUGGCACUUCCAAGUUUCAACAAAUGAUCACCAAGGGUCAAAGCGACAUGGUGGAACUUCCACAAGCUAUGGGCAUGUGAAACUGUGUCUUCUUCCAGCCCUCUAUGCGUCUCCGGGUGAAGAACAUGGCCAACGAUUCGAGGACUUCGAACUGGAGUGGCCGACCAGUUAUCAUAAGUGCAUUACACAGGCGUUCCCACACGAGCUACCGUCCUUGAUUCUGGUCGAAAAGGGUGUGGUACUGUUGUGA